CGUUAAGAGGAGGCUGCUCUCCGAAGCGGCAUAACGCUUAGUUAUCCUUCAAAUGCUUACUUUGGAAUUACUAUUCGUAUUAUUUUGGUCAUCUAGCACGUAAAAAACGAGCAGAAUGACUCAGAAAACAGCGAGAUCGAAGAAACCAUCAUCUAAAGUGGCCCCCUCUUCUAGGGCCACCAAUGUGUCCACGUCGGGCUUUCUACGUGUCAGUCACAGCAGGACACACAGCAGGAGUAUCAAUGCCUCCAUGAGCCGGAGAAGCUUCAGCCUGGCAGGGGAUGGCAGGGUUCUUGAGAAAGCCCCAAUGCAGCCUGCUAGAGCCACAGUGAAGGUGUUUGAUGAAAACGGCACAGAUGUUACCCCUCAGCCUCUGUACCGCCCGGAUCCUGCAGCCGUGCCGCCGAGACAGAGCAAGAUCUUAAUGGCCCAAGAUGUCUCCGGUGCCACUUUUUCGGAUUUCUUUUCCAGCGCAUUUCAUACGACCUACGCAAGCUUCGGAGGACCCUUUACCAGGUCACUGUUUGAAAGCAGCAUUGUAUCGAAAUCAAGCCAAUCUACCAUGGAGUCACUAAAUGAAGAAAUUGAAGAGCCAUCUUCCAAACGAGAGGGCAUCAUCAGCCUGUCAGAUGUACAGGUGAGGAGGGAGGAAGUGAAAGAACCCACCACAGAAGAUGUGCUGAAUAAGAAAGUGGACAUACACUUAACCGAAACAGAGACACUUUGUUUACUGGACAUACCGGCAACCUCUGUGUCUGUGGAGUCCGAGGAAGCGGAGAUUGUGAAGCAGAGGAAUGCUGCGUACACAGAGUUGUGCAAGAACAGGAUGGGAAACGAUAAGUAUGUGGAAAGAGCCAUGCAGACGUUCAAUGGGGCGCCCAAAGCAAAGGAAGUCCAAACCAAGAGCAUUACCAAGGUUGAUGCAGCAAUAACAGCCACCAACUGGGACAUAUAUGACACCCUUUCCGGCACCGGCGUGGAAGGGGUUGUCAGAGAGCCUCCAGAGACAGAAGAGUCAAAUCUACUUGACAUUAUGUCCAACCACAGUCAGGAAUCAUCCAGAAACCUGGAGAGAUCCAUGUCUUUCCUAAGUCAUACACCAAGCUCCUCAAGUUCUCGUACAGAGAUGGAGGUUUUUCUUGUGCCAGUUGAGGAUGCACCCGCCCCUGAGGUCAUUCUUUAUUCGGAAAAGUUUCAACAAGAUUUGCUCGUGAUGGAAAAGGUUGUUCUACAGAACAUAUUUCAGCCCAAACUUGCUGCCUACAGGCAACUCCCUAUCCUGAAAGAUCCCGACAGUACGCAGAAACCCAAAGACACAGGCAAGACAGAGAAACAGAUACAGAAAACAGAGGACAUCCCUAGUUCUCCAGCCCUGGAGCCCCUCUGGUCCUUCACCUGUGAGCUGACUGUGGGCCGAAACGUCAGCAGCAUGACCUGGAACAAGAUGAAUCCGGACCUUUUGGCUGUGGGAUACGGACAUUUUGACUUUGAAGAUCAGAAAUCAGGGCUUGUUUGCUGCUGGUCUCUCAAGAAUCUCAAGUGGCCCGACCGGAUAUUCCACUGCGAGAGCGCCGUGACCGCCCUGGACUUCUCUGGACACAAUGGCUGCCUACUGGCUGUUGGUAUGCACAACGGGAGCAUUGCCACGUACAACGUGCAGAGUAAAGAGAAGACGCCCAUCACUGACAGCAGCGAAUAUCCACAUAAACACACCGGCCCAGUGUGGCAGGUGAAGUGGGUCAGCCAAGAAAGGGCUCAUUCCGAGGAAGAAAAAGGCGAGGCUCUGGUGUCCGUAUCUGCAGAUGGAAGGAUCUGCAAAUGGGUCCUUAAGAAAGACCUGGAUUGCGUCGACCUGAUGAAGCUGAAGAGAACCAAGAGUGAGAGAACCAGGAGGCAGCUGGGGGAGAGGGAGCGCAGGAGCGAGCUGGUGAUCUGGAGGGAGGUGCCUGGGCUGUGCUUUGACUUCCACCCCGAGGACUCAAACAUCUACCUGACAGGCACUGAAGAGGGCUUUAUCCACAAGUGCUCAUGUUCAUACAAUGAACAGUAUCUGGAGACGUAUAAAGAACACAAAGGACCAGUCUACCAGAUCACAUGGUCCCCAUUCAGCCCUGAUGUUUUCCUAAGCUGCUCCUCUGACUGGACCAUCCAGCUGUGGAGGCAGGACCUACUUGAGCCGGUGCUGGUCUUUACUUCCCCCUGUAUGGCAGUAUUUGAUGUUGCCUGGUCACCCAAGUGGGCCACAGUCUUUGGGGUAGUGACUGAAAAAAGGCUGGAGAUAUGGGACCUUGGCGCAAGCAUUUUAGACCCUACCAUUGUACAAGAUGCCAGGCCUGGGGUAAAACUUACCUCGCUGCAGUUUGCCAGCGAAUCAGACUGUAUUCUGCUGGGGGACAGCGAUGGGCAGGUUGGGGUCUAUCAGCUGAAUCUGAAUCUUGGAGAAGGCACACAGGUGGACGUAUUAGAAGACAUCAUCAGAUCAACCCUUGCCAGCCAGCUAUAGCCAAAAUAAAAUUCAUAUGAUAUUUAUGGGAUGUGUGUAUAUUGUGAAUCAAGGACAAAAGUGCCUUUUUUCUUU